AUGGACAAGUGUGGAAUAGGGACGUUGACCGGGACUGAGUGCGGUUCGAUUUCCUUAAAAGGCUGUGAAGUAAGCGAGUUUCAAUCGCUAAAUGCGUGCCAACGCGAUGUAACUGGCCAUUUAAAAAUGUUGAACUUCCGUAGAGAGGAAAUAUCUUCAGAGAAAGAGUUGAUAUUGCUGAGGGCAGGUGAGUUAGUAAAGUUUCUUUAUAUAUAACACUCUGAUUUCUUUUAUUAAAUCAUGUGCAAUUUAUUUAGGCAUAUUUGAGGGAUUCGCUGCCGCGAAUUUUAUGGUAUGUCCAAAACAUCGACAAUCCUUUGGUAUUGAAUGGCGAGGGCGGAAGAAGAAUUGUCAAGUUCCAGCGUCUGUUGCAUCCCACCGCUUUAAAAAGCAUACCGGUGACCGAUCAGUAAAUAAGGAAAUGUCGGAGAAAAUAUUCCACCUAACUGGAUUGGUAAUACCUAUCGGUCAGGUAUACGUAUAUCUUUUCGUUUUCUUUGACUUGGUGAAAACAUGUCAAUCAUGAACAUCGUAAACAUGUCAAUCAAGUCCAAAGAAUAGUAUUCGCUUCCACAAGACAUGUCGCGCCAUAACCCACAACAAUACUAGUUCAUGCAUAAUUAGCAAUUAUUGAGGUUAAGCAUGAUCCGAAGAAUUAUCAAGGACGAAAUUUGACUUAUACUGUUAAACUUUAUAUCACCUACAAUGUUGUUUCCACUUUUCAUAUAUUUACACGUUGCUCUUCUAGGAAUCUGUCGACAAUGCCGCGAAAAGUUGAGCACAAACGGCACAAUCGUGCAAGGUGAACAGCGAGAAGAGGUAAACACUAAAUGCGUGUAGCCACCAAGCGGCGUUUUUAGCAAGGCUUAAUCCAGGGCUGAGAUACUGGCUAUAUGGCAGUUUUCCAUAUAGAGAUUAUAAAACAAUAGAGUGGGUAUUGUGGCAAUAAUCGAGGAACAAUUCCUGAUGGCCGCAAUUUACAGUUGUAUACGUGCGAAUAUGCAGACAUCGCUAAAGAUUUAUUUUUUUAAUUCAUUAUAGGAAUCAGAUGGAGAACCUCCAGCCACAGAGUUCACUGACGAGGGCAAGAUAAACGACGAGACUAUUGCAACGCUCGUUGAAGAUCUGGAGAAGCUAGCCAUUAACCCUGAAUGUUCACUAUACCAGCCUAUCUCGUCCCAGGAAGAUACUUCAGAUGACACCAGCAGUCAGGCAACGUGUGGAAGUGGUUCAGUCUCAUCCACCAGAUAA